CUUGAGCUGACGGUGGGCCUCAGGAAGCCCUCUCUGCCCGUCAAUGAACGGACACGACGGCGACGCGCUGGAGCGACGGGUUGGGGCGCCUGGGGUCUGCCGCUGCGGACAGCCGCUCUCCUGUGAUUGUGGGGCCCUGGCCGGCGUGGGGACGGAUGACGGCUGCGACAGAGUCGCCCAACGUGGCCAGGUGGGCACCAACUGACCCGUCCCCCCGCUCGAUCAGGCCGACAACUGUGGCAGUCGUGGCCCCCAUCGGACCAUCCUUCACCGCCGCCUCCCAUGCCGCCGUGAUCAUCCUCCCCGCCCGAUUCUGGUGGCGGAGGGGGCUGCUGCUGCUGUUGUGGGCGUAGGAUGCGUUGUUGCAGCACCCCAUUAGGCUGGUGGCGAGCUCUCGCGAGGAAAAGGGGUGGUUGUUUUUGAUGUCGCCCACCCCGUCGGCGACCCCAAGAGCUCGUGUCUUGGGGUUGAGGGAGAAGGCGUCUUCGCACGCCAUGGGGUCCGCCGUCUUGCCCCUCGAAUAGGCGGCCAACUGCAGCGUGAGUGUCGUUGAUGCGGUCGGUGGGCUGGCAAUGGCAGGAGCUGAUGGUGACUCUCCCUCCGUCCCCACCUCUUCGAUCUCGUCUGCUGUCUCGUCUUCCCCCUCUCCGGCGGCCUCCUCCUCGUCACUGAGGCUCUGUGGCUGAGGGCAUGUGUCUGAGGGCAUGCUGCCGAGUCGCAUUGUCAGAGGCGAGGGACGGCUGGCCGACGAUGGGUGUGGUGGGAAUGGUGAGGUGUCGAUCGCCGAAGGGGACACAUCGUCAUGGCCGAGCAGCGGCGCAUUCGGGAUGGCCGUUGCAAUGUCGGCCUCGGAUUGGGGCCCUUCAGCGCCACGUGAGAUGAGAUGCUGCAGCGUCUGCCGGCCGCUGUCGUCCAGCAGGCUCAGGCAGUGCAGCAGUUCCAU